GGACAGAGAUCGCCACAGAGACUGACCGACAGAAAGAACUGUUCUUUUUUUUUUAAAAUUGUUUUAACAUUAGACAACUAUGAAGAGUGUUGUGUUGUUGUUAGUCGUUUUGGCUGUUGCAGCCAAGGCGCAAAUUCCAAGUCUUGGAUUUUGCCCGGAAUAUCAGCCAAAGGAGAAUUUCACUAUGGAAAGAUUCGCCGGAGUCUGGUACGAAGCCGAGCGGUACUUCCAAUUGACCGAAGUUGCAUCUCGCUGCGUUAGGUCGAACUACACGUUAGGACCCGACAAGCUGUUCCACGUUACCAAUGAAGUCACUAGCCGAUUCACUGGUAUCAAACGAGUACUCGAGGGUGUCAUCCGAAAAUCCCCGUUGAAGACUGAGGAAGGUAAACUUCACGUCAAGUACACGACUGUACCUCUGAUCCCACUCGAAACUCAAUACAACGUUCUCGACACUGACUACGACAGCUACGCUGUAUUGUGGAGUUGCUCUGGUAUUGGCCCAGUGCACGCACAGAACGCUUGGAUCAUGACCAGAUCCAGGAAUCCCAGUAUUGAAAUCAUGCAGAAGGCGUACGCAGUGCUUCAGAAGUACAAGAUAUCCCAGAUCUUCUUCGUGAAGACGAACCACGACGAUUGCGCUUACCUCGAUACUUUGGCGGCCGAAGCUAGUAGUGCCGCACCAACUGAACCACCGAAAGUAGAAGAUGAAAUUAUCGAGGAAGCUGAGGAGACACCACAGCCAUUGAGAAGUGCUCCGAUCACCCCCGAUGCGCCUGAAGCCAUAAUCCAGACAAGGAAGGCUGAGGUCGACGCCUUGAAGGCCAAACCGGUCGAGGCCCCCGAACCUGUUGUUCCAGCAGCAGCAGCAGCAGCAGCAGCAGCAGCAGAGGAGAGCGUGAAAUCAGUGCCGGAGGUGAUAAUGAAGAUCGCCGAUCAAGCAAAAGAGAAGAAGCAAGAAGCUGCCCUGGCAGCAGUGGCAUCGGAACCGGUUAAGGAGCCGGCCAAAGAACCCAUCAAGGAACAGAAGCCUGCCAAUGAACCCAAAGAAACAGCUCCAGUCGUCGCGGACGAGAAGAAACAGCAAAUCGUCGAGGAGCAAAUCGAGAUCGUCAAACCUUAGAUAGUCUCAACAUUUCGUUCGGCUUACUCACCUCACCUCACUUUCUCCUCCUUUCUGUACACAUUUAUAGAGCUGCGAUAUACAAUGUGAGAUUAACCCUCAUUCCUCCCAACUCCUCGUCGUCUUUUUCAAUUACUUCCUCAUUAUUUUUUUUUUUCAAUGCCUCGGGCUUGUAGCGGUGACUUGCGGGAAGAAAAACCGUAACGGACUUCACAGUUUUCGACUCAAAAGUUGCCAGUCUCGCUUGUUUGGUACUUAUUAUUAUUAUUAUUGUCCCUUAUUAUUUCCUUUGCCUUCAUUAUAUUCAUCCAUCGAAUCAUUCAUUAUUAUUUAUUUAUUCGAAAAAAUGCAAUGACA